CCUGGAACAAAAAGUGGCAGUCACAAAUCUGUGAAUUUAUUCUACAAUUAGAUUCACUUUAGCAACACACUCCCUCUAGGCUUUUGUGCGCUUGCUUAGCACCAUCUAAUAUCUACGGGUACGUGAUCAGAAAUUGCCACUUUACGUUCAAGGGAGACUGGCAAGAAGGACAGAAAGACGAAUGUCACUACAGUCGGUUACGAUUCACUGAUCCACGGAAGCGUGGCCGCGCCGCCUCCCUACCCUACUUCACUACAAUGCCGGCGGAGGGUUUCGACGACGAGUAUGUUGUUGGUCGGCUGAAGAGCGAUGCGGCGGCCAGCGCAAAGAAAUACGAGUUAGUAGGGCUUGAAGCUUACAUGCCUAAGAGUAGACCUACGAUGGGCGCACCAAAGCCGAAUACCAGGUUUCUAAGGAACAUUAUACGUGAGACGGAUAGCCACAAUGCGGCACUGUUGGCGAAAGAAGCAGAAGAUGCGAAGAAUAGGCUAAAGGCGUUGCGCCACCAGAAGGAGGGGAGGUUGUCCCCGUAUGUGAGCGACCUGCGCGGUGCCCGGGGCGACAGGGAAUCUCAGCGACCUUCGAAGAGAAGGCGGGACGAUGAGGGCGAGGACAAGAAGGAGCAUCGCAGAGAGAGACGAUCUGAAGAGUCCGGUCGACCUAGGGACAGAAGAGACAGGUCCGAGGAUCGAUACCGGCGGCAUGCAAGUUCAAAAGAUGAGGAAACGAGGAACACCAACUCUCGGCGUGGAGAUAGGCAGAGGGAGAAGGGCGACACGCCCGCGAGCGAAGAGGACGAAGAGAUGGGAGAGUCCUCAAAGCGCUCACGCCGCCACGACCGGAGCCGGGACCGAAGGCGAAGACACCGAAGCAGAAGCGAGUCGGAGGACAGAAGCGCCCGGAAUGAGCAAGAUUCUCGUCGCGACCUUAGGCACCGAAGGUCUUAUUCUCCUCAAUCUCCCUCUCGUUCGAGGUCACCAAAGAAGUCGGAACGACGCCACAACCCUACUCGGUCAAAAUCACACAAAUCCAGUCAGACGCCACGAGGUCCUACUCCCUCCGAACGGACACGCUCUGCAAGCCCUCAUACGAAGCAUGCUGGUCGGAAAUCCCACUCUAGCAAGCAUCGAGCCAGAAAACACCAAUCUCCUUCAGUGGCAUCAGCCUCCGACCCCCUGGAGGCAAUAGUAGGACCUGCUCCUCCACCCCCACCACCGAAGGUUCGACUGCGUGGUCGUGGCGCCUUCAGGGCUGCUUCGGCUAUGGACGAGCACUUCUCUGCAUCUUAUGACCCUACUGCCGAUGUGCAGGUCAACUCCGACGUGGAGGGUGAUUGGGACGAGGCGCUGGAGGCCAUGAGGGACCGGCAGAAGUGGAAGCAGCAGGGUGCAGACCGUCUUCGUGCUGCUGGUUUCACGGACGCGAUGGUCAAGAAAUGGGAGAACGGCGGGGAAAAGACAGAGGAAGACGUCGUGUGGGCUAAGAAGGGUGAGGGGAGGGAGUGGGAUCGCGGGAAGGUAGUUGGCGACGAUGGUGUUGUGGAUGUCCAGGCAGAAUGGGGCAGGCUUAAGGAUAUUUAUUGAACAUUGGACUGUGAUGGAGUAGACUUGAGGAUCAUUAUUACAUACUCUAGUAUAAUGGGUCGUGUUGCAGAGCUGGUAUGCAUAUCAUUAUCGUAGCAUAUAGAGUCUAGUCUAAGGGGUGUCCGGUGACAUGUCUUUGCGAAUAUAAAGUAGAGAGGAAGCUAUGUGAGCUUCUCGUAUCCCCG